AUGACCGGAGACACUAAAAUUGGUCGAACAGGACAACGACGCUUGGAAACGGCCGGCGUAAGCACUCGUACACACCACACCACGCACCGACCGCGAAGACUGACUGGUGCGUAUAUUUUAAGUGUCGCGGAAUGUCAAAGUCGUGGCUGCGAUUACGACGACGCUAGUGACAAAGGUCGUCCAAUCGGUCUUAAUCUGGCUGGACUUUGA